UCUUGAUUCAACGUUAGACCCAGCUGUGUCUCCGUUGAAGAAAAUGCAGACCACCAUGAAGGGCAGCGCCAUCUCUGGCCAGCGCGUGGGCAGCGCCCGCGUCGCCGCACGUAGCGUGCGCAGGGCUCAGCUUCAGGUUGUAGCUGCUAGCCGCUCUCAGGUUGGUCGCUGGCGCAAUAUCGACGCCGAUGUUGACACCUCGGACGACCAGCAAGACAUCACCCGCGGUCGCCAGAUGGUCGACGACCUCUUCCAGGGUGGCUUCGGCGCCGGUGGCACGCACAACGCCGUGCUGUCGUCCACCGAGUACCUGAGCCAGGCCCGCGCCUCGUUCAACAACAUUGAGGAUGGUUUCUACAUCUCACCGGCUUUCCUUGACAAGAUGACCAUCCACAUUGCUAAGAACUUCAUGGAUCUGCCGAAGAUUAAAGUCCCACUCAUUCUCGGCAUCUGGGGUGGCAAGGGUCAGGGCAAGACUUUCCAGUGCGCUCUGGCGUACAAGAAGCUCGGCAUCUCACCCAUUGUCAUGUCGGCUGGUGAGCUCGAGUCCGGCAAUGCUGGUGAGCCUGCCAAGCUGAUCCGCACCCGCUACCGGGAGGCGUCCGACAUCAUCAAGAAGGGCAAGAUGUGCUCCCUGUUCAUCAACGAUCUGGAUGCUGGUGCUGGCCGUAUGGGUGACACCACCCAGUACACCGUCAACAACCAGAUGGUCAACGCAACGCUGAUGAACAUUGCCGAUAACCCGACCAACGUGCAGCUGCCGGGUGUCUACAAGAACGAGGAGAUCCCCCGCGUGCCAAUCGUCUGCACGGGUAACGACUUCUCGACCCUGUACGCUCCCCUCAUUCGUGAUGGCCGUAUGGAGAAGUACUACUGGAACCCCACCCGCGAGGACCGCAUUGGUGUGUGCAUGGGCAUCUUCCAGGAGGACAACGUCAGCCGUGGCGACGUUGAGCGCCUGGUCGACACCUUCCCUGGCCAAUCCAUUGAUUUCUUCGGCGCCCUCCGCGCUCGCGUCUACGAUGACAUGGUGCGCAAGUGGAUUGCCGAGGUCGGCAUUGAGGGCAUCGGCAGCAAGCUGGUCAACGGCAGGCAGAAGGUGUCGUUCCCUAAGGUGUCGAUGUCGCUGGACGUGCUGCUGAAGUACGGCCGCGCCCUGGUUGACGAGCAGGAGAACGUCAAGCGCGUGCAGCUGGCCGAUGCCUACCUGUCUGGUGCCGAGCUGGCUGGCCGUGAGGGCUCGUCGCUGCCGGAGGAGUACUCUCGCCGGUAAACAAGCACAAGUCCGGAGGCGCCGCGUCAAAGGAUGUUAGGAUUAAUGAGAAAUCGUAAUCCCGACAUUUUCGGUCGAGAGCCAUGCUGCCCUCGAUGGGGACUUUUUGAUUCUUGGCAAGGCGUCAUCUUCCUCGCAUGGUGCGGAGUGCGGAGCUGUACGAGCGACAGCCUCGAAGGCAAGCUCCAAAAUUUUGGCUAGCGGCUACUUAGCGUUGGGGUUGUUUCGCAGUGAAGGUUUGGUAUCCAUUGCGCUCUGCAGCUUUCCUCGGAACAACAAAUCGUGACAUUUGUACCGCCGCACUGAGCGUUUUGCCUGGUUUGGAUGGUACAAAAGAUUUUAAAGUGUUAAAGGAUUUUCUUUUUUGCUAAUGUUCGAGUGGCCAGAGAGAAGUAUGUUGGUUCGCGUCAUUGUUGAAAAGUCGUAUCCGGGUUUCGCCGCUGGGCCUUCGGCCAUAAACCGCAAGGCAAGUGGAUUGACUUGAUGUUACGCAUGAUCGGGUGUCAUUUUGAACGAAAUUAUUCUGGUGCUAUGGUUAUCACUGGCGUUACUGGCAGGAGAGUGGUAACCCCAGCUAUAUUGUAAUACGAAACGAGAACGUUC